AUGGGGAAGUAUGAUCCCUUUCCUACGGUUAAUCUUCCCGAUAGACAAUGGCCUGGUAAGACGCUGACUAAAGCACCGCGAUGGCUGACGAGUGAUCUGAGGGCUGGGAAUCAGGCAUUGCAUAUGGUGCCCGAAUACGACUUCACCAGACGACUCAUCGACACCGGGGCGGUCUUCGAGGAUGUCUGGUUGCAGGUUCUGCUGCCGCGUCAGGGGAUGGCGCUUUCCAGGACGAUAGAGGCUGUUAAGGGUGCGAAUAGGGUUAUUCUGAAUUUCCAUCUUGCCACGCCACACUACUAUCACCCCGCGGUGGAUGUAUCGCAGCCGGGCAGGAAGAUUGUUGAUUUCGCCGUGGGAACUACGCGUCUAAUCCGCACAUUCACCAAGGAUUCCCAGAAGCCAGAAAUCAACAAGACAAACUGGGCCCUCGAGCUCACAGUCGAAAACUUCCAAGACACAAACCUCCCCUUCACAAUCACCAUCUGCGAAGCCGUCAAAGCAACAUGGCAACCCACCCCCUCGAACAAAAUCAUCUUCAACCUCCCCUCAACAGUCGAAAGAACCAUGCCAAACAUCUUCGCAGACCAAAUCGAGCUAUUCUGGGGAAGUAUCACGGAGCGUGAGAAAGUCUGUGUCUCUGUACACACGCAUAAUGACCGAGUAUGUACCGUUGCAGCAGCUAAAAUGACACAGUUAGCUGGUGCGGAUCGCGUUGAGGGAUGUUUGUAUGGGAACGGUGAUCGCGCGGGGAGUGUGGAUUUGGGUACUCUUGCGCUGAAGUUGUAUAGCCAGGGUGUUCAGCCUGGUGUCAACUUGGGUAGUCUUGACGAUGUUGUUGCUCAGGUUGAGGAGUUGAUGCAGAUUCCUGUUCAUCGUCGGGCUCCGUAUUCCGGUAGAAAUGUUUCCAAUAGCUAUACGGAGACUCAACACGAGGCUAUAUACAAAGGAUAUCAAUUCCUCGGACAAGAUCAAUCCCAGCCCCGGUCCAAGCACCAGGGCCAGGAACCGGAAUGGAAAAUCCCCUAUAUCCCCAUGGACCCUACCGACAUCGGCCGGCACGACGAACACAUAAUCCGCGUCAACCGGCACAGCAGCACAAUCCACCACGUCAAACAAAUCCUACACAUCGACAUGCCGCACAAAAUGCAACACGAAUUCAUAAGUAUCGUCAAAGACCACGCCACGAAGCGAGGCUUCGAAGUCCCACCAGAUUCUAUCCGACACCUUUUUCAAAAAGAAGUAUAUGAGUAACAGUUUUACGGACCUGCACGAUUUGGGCUUUAAGCACGGUGUUACCGGGGAUGGGAGGGUGGUGUUGGAGAAGAUCUUGCUGGCUAUAGAGCAGAAGUCUGGUGUUGAUUUUUAUUUUGAGUUGCUUUAGUUUGAGAUGCAGGUAGUUCACGAUACUAGAUGGGUUAAUGAGAGGCCGACUGCGUGUUUAAUUAAGGGGGCUUCGCGGAGGAGUGAGAAGAUUGCGUGGGGGGUUGGGAUUCAUUGAGAUUCUGCGGAGGCUGUUUUGAAGGCUGUGUUGAGUGUUGGGUAUAAGUUGGAUCCUGUCUUUCGCUAUCCUUCUCCGGAUUGGAGUAGUGAUUGAUAAGGUCUUGAUGUAUGAGAAUGCUCGUGAAUACCAUGGGGUGUCUUUAGCUAUAUGAAUAGAUCCAAUCAAGUCUGCU